AUGUCGUUGAUAUCUUCUAGAGCCCAUUCGGUGGCAUUCCGCAGCUUCACAUCCGGCGCAGGCUCGAUAUCAAGGUACUAUAGCAAGUCUCGACGGGACCUGGCGCCACCAACUCGUCAACAGAAGUGCAUGUUUUCGCAAAGCCGUUUUGUGUACGCAAGUACCAGUUCUGGUUCUACACCAUCCAAACAGGCCGCGAAAAAGACGGGCUCCGACAAGACUCCAUCGAUCAAAGAGAAACUACCGGAUCCCGACCGGACGCCUUUUCGCUUUCGAGAGUUUGACCUCGAAGGCAAAGUGUUUGUGGUCACGGGCGGGGCGCGGGGACUGGGGUUGGUCUUGUCGGAAGCUCUGAUCGAAGCAGGAGGACAAGUAUAUUGCCUGGACCGACUGCCCGAGCCGGACAAGGAGUUUUUCACGGUCCAAGAACGCCUGGGCCCCAAGUACGGGGGCUCGCUGAAGUACGACAAAGUGGACGUGCGCGAGGCGGGCAAUCUCGACCGGGUCAUCGAGGAGAUCGCGACGCACCACAAUCGCCUCGACGGCCUGAUCGCCGCCGCGGGCGUGCAGAACGUGACGCCCGCGCUCGACUGCACGCCCGAGAUGAUCGAGGAGAUGAUGAACAUCAACUACAAGGGCGUCUUCUGCUCGGCCGUCAGCUGCGCGCGGCAGAUGAUCCGGCACGACUGCAGCGGCUCCAUCCUGCUCGUCGCGUCCAUGAGCGGCAUGGUCGCCAACAAGGGCUUCACCUCGGCGGUCUACAACUCCUCCAAAGGCUCGGUCUGCCAGCUGGCGCGGUCUCUGGCCAUGGAAUGGGGGAGGAUUGUGAACGGCAAGCCCAUCCGGGUCAAUGCCUUGUGUCCUGGAAAUAUCAUGACCCCGAUGGUCGAGAAGAACUUUGAAGAUGACCCCAAGUUGAAGCAGCUGUGGGAGAAGGAGAACAUGUUGGGACGGAUAUCCACUCCCGCGGAAUAUCGAGGAGCCGCCUUGUUCUGUCUGAGCGAUGCCAGUUCCUUUAUGACCGGUUCGAGUCUCGUUAUUGAUGGGGGUUACACCGCGUGGUGA